CCUACCAUCGAUCGCUUAUUUUGAUUCGGGUUCAAAUAGUUUUCCUUUGCUGCGGCUUUAUCUUCAAAUAGUUUUGAGAGAUUUGAUUGUGUGGGGAGCGGUGCUCUGUUUGGUUAGUGGCUAAAUGAAGGAAUAGGAAAAAUGAAAUCUUGAUUAUGGGUUUUGAUUUAAUUCUGAUGAUAUGUAGUAGAGGAGACCAAGUUUGCUCCUUUUCCAUGAUAAACUUGGAGGAUUGAACUCGCUUAUUUGCUUUUGGUUGUCGAGCUACCAAACUGGCCUUUAGAAUUUUGGGUUUUGAUUAUUUUGGAAUUUUUUAAUUCUAUGAUUGUUACCUGAAAAAGGAAAUUAUAUCUUUCAUUAUUGUAAAUUAUUACCAAUAACAAAUCCCGUGGCAAAGUGUGGGUGCCAUUCCUAGUAUAUACUGAUGCUUCUCUGCUGUCGGUCGAAACUCCCACUCCCAGUCUCAAGACUCUCCCCGUCUUCCUCUGUCCCGAGCUUGAUUCUGCCUUCCAGCCUUCCAGGCUCCAGCCGUGAGUCCCGGCAGUCCGCCUGAGCCACCUCCUCCGCCACCGAGCCACCUCCACUGCGAGUCUGCGUCUCUGCGACUCCUUCAAUCCCUGAGUCUCUGUCUAAUUUAUUUUGAGGAAAAGCCAGAGAAAAUGCCACUGGGGCUAAUAAUGGGGCUAGGAAGGGCAUUUCGUCGAAAGCGAACGGCAUCCCUUGACAUUCUUUCCCCCAAACGAGCCCCAAGGAACUUUUACAAGGGGAAGAACUGCAAGCCCACUGGUUUCCACACCCGAAAAGGUGGAUAUGUUGUGGUGCAGGACAAACUACCCAACUAUGUAGUCCCUGAUUUAGCUGACUUCAAGCUCAAACCAUAUGUAUCUCAGUGCCCCAAAGAGGUCAAGACUGCAGAGUCAGACGAAUCAACUAAAUAGGCAAAUGAGUGGCAAUUAUCUGAUCUUUCCUUUAUUGUUGUAAUAGAAAAUUAAGCUAGUCAUAUUCAUGGAUUUUGUUUUAGUUUAGUUUUUUUUUUUUUUUUAUCUUAACUGUACAAGAUUAGUGGGUCUGAUCAAUGUAGACGUUCUUGCUUGGAGGUGUGAGCCUCGAGACUUUUCAAGUAAUAAGCUUCCUUGGUUUAAGCAUUGCUUGAUAUUUAUUCAAUUAGAAGAUAACCGGACUCAUUUGUACUGUAAAA